UCGGGCGGGGUGGGGCGGAUUCCAGGCCAACCUGCUUCCCCGCGGGGCCCCGGGCAGGGCGGCAGAGAGGGGGCGCGCUUCCGAAGGACCCCACCGCCGACAUCCCGCCCUCUGCCCUCCCUCCCGCCGCCGCCGGGGAAGGCCAACUCCGCCUGCCUGAGUCACGGCUGAAGCUGGGGAGGAGCCGGGGAAGGCGGCCCCAGCGCAGAACGCAGCCGGCGGCUUCAGCGGGAGCCAGGCAGGGCGGUCAGGAAUCAUGGGGGAGAGCGCUCUGGAGUCGGGGCCUGUGCCCGGAGCGCCGGCCGGGGGCCCGGUGCACGCCGUCACGGUGGUGACCCUGCUGGAGAAGCUGGCCACCAUGCUGGAGACGCUGCGCGAGCGGCAGGGGGGCCUGGCUCAGAGGCAGGGCGGCCUGGCGGGCUCCGUGCGCCGCAUCCAGAGCAACCUGGGCGCGCUGAGUCGCAGCCACGACACCACGAGCAACACGCUGACGCAGCUCCUGGCCAAGGCGGAGCGCGUGGGCUCGCACGCGGAUGCCGCCCAGGAGCGCGCCGUGCGCCGCGCCGCCCAGGUGCAGCGGCUGGAGGCCAACCACGGGCUGCUGGUGGCGCGCGGGAAGCUCCACGUUCUGCUCUUCAAGGAGGAGGCUGAAAUCCCAGCCAAGGCCUUCCAGAAGGCGCCGGAGCCCUUAGGCCUGGCGGACCAGGCUGAACUUGGCCCACAGCAGCCCGAAGCCGAAGCUGAGGAGAGCUCGGACGAGGAGGAGCCGGUGGAGUCCAGGGCGCGGAGGCUGCGGCGCAGCGGCUUGGAGAAGGUGCAGAGCCUGCGAAGGGCCCUUUCAGGCCGCAAAGGCCAUGCCGCGCCAGCACCCACGCCUGUUAAGCCACCUCGCCUUGGGCCGGGCCGGAGUGCUGAGGGCCAGCCGGAAGCCCAGCCUGCGCUGGAGUCCAAGCUGGAGCCGGAACCUCCGCAGGACACCGAGGAGGAUCCCGGGAGACCUGCGGCUGCCGAAGCGGCGGCUGUGCUCCAAGUAGAGAGUGCGGCCUGAUGGCCGGUGCCGCCUGCCUACCCUGUGCCUAAUGCUAGUCCCCAAAUAAAUCUUUCUCUCAGAAUGCAGCAUUCCCGCCCAAAUAAGGAGUGAAUCCUGCAGCCACAGCCCAGCGCUGGCCCUCCCUUCCCGGCUUCUCUAGCCCAGCACCCUGUGUCCUCUAAAAGAGCAGCCACUCACACCUGUUUACACUCACCAUCAAUAAAAGUCAUGUCACCUAA